CACGGCUGGCUUCAGAGACAGGGAGAGAGCACAGGAAAAGGCAGAGUUUAGAUCAUGCUGGAAGCUAUAAGGUGAAGGCAGGCAGCGGUACAAAAUCUACGAGUGUCGGGUUGCCUCUCCGGACUGGUUUGCUUUUCAUCCCAUGGUUGUGGAGCGAUGUCUUCCUGCUCUUGACUUGGGAGUGUUGCAGUUAGCAGAGUGGCCUAGCCAGUGGUGCUAGCAACAGUGCUGUGCUACAGGGCUGCAUGCCAUGGGCUGUGUUUUCUCCCUGCCGGAGGACAGGAGAGAUGCUGCAGAGAGAGCCCCCACCACAAGAGAAACGAGUUUCAUUGAGAAAAUGAAGAAAACCGGCAAGAACAUCAUUGUGUUCUAUGGCUCUCAGACGGGUACAGGAGAAGAAUUUGCCAACCGGCUGUCCAAAGAUGCUCAGCGCUAUGGCAUGAAGGGGAUGGCUGCUGACCCAGAAGAAUAUGACAUGGCUGAAUUGUCCCGCCUCUCUGAGAUUGAUAACUCCCUAGCCAUAUUCUGCAUGGCUACCUAUGGGGAAGGAGAUCCCACAGAUAACGCCCAGGACUUCUAUGACUGGCUUCAGGAGAAUGAUGAUGAGGACCUCUCUGGACUAAACUACUCUGUUUUCGCCUUGGGCAAUAAAACGUAUGAACACUACAACGCCAUGGGGAAGUAUGUGGACAAGAGGCUGGAGGAACUAAAGGCCAAUCGCAUCUUUGACUUAGGCCUGGGAGAUGAUGAUGGCAACCUGGAAGAGGACUUUGUUUCAUGGAGGGAACUGUUCUGGCCUGCUGUCUGUGAGCACUUUGGAGUGGAGGCUUCCGGGGAUGAAUCCAGUAUCCGCCAGUACCAGCUACAGGAGUACCAUGACAUCAACAUGAACAAAGUGUACACAGGCGAGAUUGGCCGCCUGAAGAGCUUUGAGACUCAGAAACCACCUUAUGAUUCCAAGAAUCCUUUCCUGGCUCCAGUCACUGUCAAUCGCAAACUCAACAAAGGUGGUGACAGGCAUCUAAUGCACCUAGAACUAGACACAAGUGGCUCCAAGAUCAGGUAUGAGUCAGGAGAUCACGUUGCUGUUUUCCCUACAAACGACUCUGCAUUAGUGAACAAGCUGGGACAAAUACUUGGAGUCAACCUUGAUACAGUUAUCUCUCUCAACAACCUUGACGAGGAGUCCAACAAGAAACACCCUUUCCCAUGCCCUACCACUUACCGCACUGCCCUGACUCACUACUUGGACAUCACACACCCACCUCGCACCAACGUCCUCUACGAGCUUGCUCAGUACGCCUCUGACCCCAAAGAACAGGAAAACAUGCGCAAGAUGGCCGCCUCCUCCCCAGAGGGCAAGGCACUGUACCAGAGUUGGGUGUUGGAUGCCAGUAGAAACAUCACAGCCAUCCUGGAGGAUCUGCCUUCUCUGAAGCCCCCCGUUGACCACCUGUGCGAGCUGCUGCCCCGUCUUCAGGCCCGCUACUACUCCAUUGCCUCCUCCUCCAAGGUUCACCCCGACAGCAUCCAUAUAUGUGCCGUGGUGGUGGAAUAUGAGACCAAGACUGGCCGUGUCAACAAGGGAGUUGCCACCAAUUGGCUGAAAAAUAAACUGGUGACUGACAAUGGACACAAGUCCACCGUUCCCAUGUACAUCCGCAAGUCUCAGUUCCGUCUGCCCUUCAAGGCUUCCAACCCAGUCAUCAUGGUUGGCCCUGGGACGGGAAUCGCACCUUUCGUAGGCUUCAUUCAGGAAAGAGGCUGGCUGAAAGAGCAAGGAAAGGAGGUUGGAGAAACGCUGAUGUUUUUUGGUUGUAGGCACAAAAAUGAGGACUACCUCUAUCAGGAGGAGCUAGAAGAGGCAGAGAAGAAAGGAAUUCUAACACAGCUCAAUGUGGCCUUCUCAAGGGACCAGGAGCAAAAGGUGUACGUCCAUCAUCACUUGAGAAAGAACAAAGAAGACAUCUGGAGGCUGGUCCAUACAGAAUCUGCUCACAUCUACAUCUGCGGGGAUGCAAGAAACAUGGCCAAAGAUGUGCAGACGGCCUUCUGUGACAUAGCAGAGGAAUUGGGAGGCAUGACACGCACCCAGGCCACAGAUUACAUCAAGAAACUGAUGACCAAGGGACGGUACUCUCAAGAUGUCUGGAGUUAAAAAAAAAAAUUUUUUUUAAUCAAGCUUAGCUUUACCCACUAUAGUGGAUACAAAUUUGUGAUUAUCCUGUGUCUUGGGUUAUCAGGACUACGUAUGAAAGCAUUCAACAUUCCCUGGUCUGUGAGAGCUACAACACAAUAAGUGAUACUUUGGUUUCUUGUUAACCCCUACCUCAACAGGUUCUGUGAAUAACAUUUAUGUUAAUCAUCUAAAUCAGUGUCUCUUCGUCAAUGGAUUAGGACCCAUAAACUGCAACCAGCUUGGUUCUGGGGGGGCAAUAUGGAUCACACUAAAAUGUUGUACUGAGCCUUGGUCCCAAAGACUAAAAUAAAUUACUCAUUCUGGGUUCCUUGGCUCACAAAAAAGUGGGAAAAAACUCUUGUCUAAAUGACUUUAUUGUGGGAUUGUGGGUGAGUGGAUGUUUGACUGAUGGUGUGGACUCGCUGAUUGCAAUCAAGGGCUGAUAACAGCUGGUAUGGAAUAUUUCUAAGUUAUGGAGGCUCGAUUCAGAGUAGAAACAUAAGAUACACCAACACGACAGAGAAAUGGUCAUCCUCAUAUUAGACCUCCUCUCCGUUAUUACUCUAUUACUGAGCCACUAGAUUUGGCCUAUGCAGCAUUUAGGGCCAAUGUACAACUUAAUGAUCAUUGUAUAUGAAAUGGGCUAGCCAUUCGUGGUAUGAAAAGGAAGUCCAGCAAAUCCCGUUCUGUUGCUCCACGUGAUGUAUUUCUACCGUGCAAAUGAAGGGUUUGGCUGUCUUUUGUGCUGAUUUCUCCAUCCUUAAUGAGCAUUUUUAAAUAUGACACCUUUGGAAAUUUGGUAGUUUACCACAAUGAAAUUGAUCGGUUGUAAGAAUAGGUCAGGCUUGACUAUAGGUGAUAAAGCAUUGAUGCAUAGGCAAAAGCCUUAGAUGUAACAGACCACUGACAUUUUAACAAGUUUUUAUCUCGUUGGGUUGGUAUAGCAAUAGUUCUGACAGUAUAUUCAAAAUGAAUAUUCAUGCAUUGAUGUUUCCGACCACUCGGUAAGGGCGGUGGGGGAAAUCAUGUCUUUUUAAAUGAAAUCGGUGUAGGCACAAUCCCUAUUUACCUAUUUUGUAUUUUCAAAGGACUUUUUCUUAUGCAUACGUUGCUGUCAAUUCUCAUCAGUCGCAUUAAUGUUCGAGUAACAGAAUUGUGAUGCAAAUAAUUUGCUUUUAUUUUCUACAACUUUACCGUUCUAAAACACUUUGAUUUGAUUGGACUCGCAGCUGUUCUGUAAUAUUUAUGAAAUGUACAUAAAUGGAUAUGGUAGACUUGAAACGUUACGGCUUGUUUAUUUGAUAUGCAUUUGAACAUCAACAGAAGACCACAAAAUGGGUUAAUCAUACAUAGUGCCACUUCUGUUGGGCAGUGCUUUCUGUAUCAUGCUUGAUACAAUUACAUGUGUGUUGCUGUCCAGAGAAAAUGUUUUUAUCUGCCUAAUCAUGUCAAAAGUUUUUCUAUUGAUUUUCCCUAAAUGUGUGUUGAUUGACUUUCUAACAGCUCCAUGUGAAUACAAAUGGCAUACGGGGUGUGAGAAACCUCCUCUCAUCCAACCUGUUGUUAUGCAACUAGUGCCUUUUAAACACUGCCUUAUGGAUUGCUGACGUUGGAAGACGUGGACGCACCAUUGUCUCUAAAGUUCAAUUCCACUACUCCCCCCCCCCCCCCCCAUUCUUGUGACAUUUUGUCAUUUCAUCUUAUGGUGUGAUUUGUUGAUUAUUUUUCGGGCCGACUUUAUAAAUAAAUAACACUUGAA